GAGUGUCCUUUCAUUCCCCGUGCGCCAGUUCAACAGCUUCGAGCAGCUCUGCAUCAACUUCACCAACGAGAAGCUCCAGCAGUUCUUCAACCACCACAUGUUCGUGCUGGAGCAGGAGGAGUACAAGAAGGAGGGCAUCGAAUGGGUCUUCAUCGACUUCGGCAUGGACCUGCAGGCCUGCAUCGACCUCAUCGAGAAGCCGCUGGGGAUCAUGUCCAUCCUGGAAGAGGAGUGCAUGUUCCCGAAAGCCUCCGACAUGACCUUCAAGGCCAAGCUGUACGACAACCACCUGGGCAAGUCGGCCAACUUUGGGAAACCCCGAAAUAUCAAAGGCAAACCGGAGGCCCACUUCUCCCUCAUGCAUUACGCCGGCACCGUGGACUACAACAUCAUCGGCUGGCUGGAGAAGAACAAGGACCCGCUCAACGAGACGGUGGUGGGGCUCUACCAGAAGUCGGCCCUGAAGCUCCUGGCCACCCUCUUUUCCAACUAUGCAGGCACCGAAGCUGGUGGAGAUGGAGGGAAGGGGAAAGGCUCUAAGAAGAAAGGGUCGUCCUUCCAGACCGUCUCUGCACUUCAUCGGGAGAACCUGAACAAGCUGAUGGCCAACCUCAAGACCACGCACCCUCAUUUCGUGCGAUGCAUCAUCCCCAACGAAAGGAAGGCUCCCGGCGUGAUGGACAACCCCCUGGUCAUGCACCAGCUUCGCUGCAACGGGGUCCUGGAGGGGAUCCGGAUCUGCCGGAAGGGAUUCCCCAACCGGAUCCUCUACGGGGACUUCAGGCAGAGGUACCGCAUCCUCAACCCCACCGCCAUCCCCGAGGGCCAGUUCAUCGACAGCCGGAAGGGAGCCGAGAAGCUGCUGGGCACUCUCGACAUCGACCACAACCAGUACAAAUUUGGGCACACUAAGGUGUUCUUCAAGGCAGGGUUGCUGGGCCAACUUGAGGAGAUGCGUGACGAGCGGCUCUCCCGCAUCAUCACCCGCAUCCAGGCCCAAGCACGGGGUCAGCUCAUGCGCAUCGAGUUUAAGAAGAUUCUGGAGCGCAG